GAUUGGAGCCAAGUUCUGGGAAGUGAUCAGCGAUGAACACGGGAUCGACCCAACCGGUACAUACCAUGGAGACAGCGACCUGCAGCUGGAGAGGAUCAGUGUCUAUUACAAUGAGGCUUCAGGUGGUAAAUAUGUGCCCAGAGCAAUCCUUGUGGAUCUGGAACCCGGGACCAUGGACUCGGUCCGGUCCGGACCCUUUGGGCAGAUCUUCAGACCCGAUAACUUUGUGUUCGGUCAGAGCGGCGCUGGCAACAACUGGGCCAAGGGUCACUACACAGAGGGAGCGGAGCUGGUGGACUCGGUCCUGGAUGUGGUGAGGAAGGAGGCUGAGAGCUGCGACAGCCUGCAGGGAUUCCAGCUCACACACUCCCUGGGAGGAGGCACUGGCUCUGGCAUGGGCACCCUGCUGAUCAGCAAGAUCCGUGAGGAGUACCCCGACCGUAUCAUGAACACCUUCAGCGUGGUGCCCUCCCCUAAGGUGUCGGACACCGUGGUGGAGCCCUAUAAUGCCACGCUGUCCGUGCACCAGCUGGUGGAGAACACGGACGAGACCUACUGCAUCGACAACGAGGCUCUGUACGACAUCUGCUUCCGCACGCUGAAACUCACCACCCCCACCUACGGGGAUCUCAACCACCUGGUCUCCGCCACCAUGAGCGGCGUCACCACCUGCCUGCGUUUCCCCGGCCAGCUGAACGCCGAUCUGCGCAAGCUGGCCGUCAACAUGGUCCCCUUCCCUCGCCUGCACUUCUUCAUGCCCGGCUUCGCCCCCCUCACCAGCAGGGGGAGCCAGCAGUACCGCGCCCUCACCGUCCCGGAGCUCACCCAGCAGAUGUUCGACGCCAAGAACAUGAUGGCGGCCUGCGACCCUCGCCACGGGCGCUACCUCACGGUGGCCGCGGUCUUCCGCGGCCGCAUGUCCAUGAAGGAGGUGGACGAGCAGAUGCUGAAUGUGCAGAACAAGAACAGCAGCUACUUCGUGGAGUGGAUCCCCAACAACGUGAAGACGGCCGUCUGCGACAUCCCGCCCAGGGGGCUGAAGAUGGCGGCCACCUUCAUCGGGAACAGCACGGCCAUCCAGGAGCUGUUCAAGCGCAUCUCGGAGCAGUUCACCGCCAUGUUCCGGAGGAAGGCCUUCCUGCACUGGUACACUGGGGAGGGCAUGGAUGAAAUGGAGUUCACCGAGGCGGAGAGCAACAUGAACGACCUGGUCUCCGAGUACCAGCAGUACCAGGACGCCACAGCCGAGGAGGGAGAGUUUGAGGAGGAAGGAGAGGAGGAGGUGGCUUGAAUGUGACCUGUUCGUCUGCCACUUUAUCUCUCUCUCUCCGUAUUUAAAACCUGUUUUGUUUUCGGUCGUGAAAGAUUUCACCUAUACCUGUACUUGAUGAACAGCAACUGAUAAUGUCUCUCUCUCUCUCUCUCUCCUCUCCGUCAACUCUCUGUCUCUGUAUCUCUCCUCUCUCCUCUCC